AUGAGCUCAGGCAAAUACGUUGGAUUGGGUCCAAGAGACACCACUGAAUCACCAUUCCCAGAUACUUACCUCAACUUGCGCGAGUUGAUCUACUUCAGAUCAUGGCAAGCAUCAGGAAUCAUCCCAUUCUACUACUACUUUAUGUUGGUACUUGCACUCUUCUACUUCCUCUAUGUGAUCAUUAUUGAGACUAUUGCACUUGGCGCUGGCGGUUUCUUCCUUGGACUUCUCUUCGGAACAUUGAGAUUGUUAUUCGUUGCAUUGUUCGCUAGAGUCACAUCUGAGAUCUUCUUGUCCAUUUUCGACAUUAGAGACAACAUCUACAAGCAGACAGUCAAUGCUUCAGCCCCAAUUGCCCACCACCAACCAGCCCAAUACCCAAGCCAGUCAGCCUCCAGCAGCAACAACAAUAACGCUGACUUUGGCCAACCGUACAACGGCAAUCUCUAG